AUGGCCGACUCUACCUCCUCCCGCCAGCGGCCCUCGCUUGGCCAGAUGCGAAACAAUUCGUUCCUGCAGGACCACCAGCAGUAUAAGGCCCCGGUGCCUCUCUCCAUCAACCAGAACAUCGGCGAGGUCCUUGGAGCGCAGCUGGACGACAGUCUGUCAACAUUGACCAACCCGAUCAAGCCGGAUACGGAGCGCGUCACCGACAGCGGUGUCAUCCACAGCCUCUUCAAUCACCAGGCCAACCAGCUCCCACAGGGCACCGCGCGCAUCGUAGCGACCAUCUUCUACAAGUCGGCCCACCCCGUCCACCCCCACUUCCACCCUGAUGUCUCGCCUGCCCUGCAACCGGGCGAUAAGCUGCCUUCUCCGCGCGUCCCAGAAGGAUCGGCUCCCACAGAUGACAUGGAGAAGAUCCCCCGGGAGCCGCCUGCGCCUGAGCCGGAGCCGUUGGACCACCUGUACGGGCCCUACGUCUCGCAGCUCUGCUUAACCAAUUUCCUCCAGACCCUCGAAUCCCUUCCAACUCCGUACCAGCGCACAAAUUCCUCGCACCGCUGUCUGGAUCGCGAGGCCCAUCCCCGCGUCGUGGAGGUCAUAUUCUCCCCGCCGCCCGACCCCGAGUACCUCUCGUUCAGCGAUUUGCGUAAGCACGAGAGUAUCUGGCGGUUCGAGCGCGAGUGGAACGUCGAGGUCGUCUUGCAGCAGGAGAGUGUCUUCCGCCGGCAUAAGAGGCUAGCAGUUUUUGAUAUGGAUAGCACCCUGAUCGAGAACGAGGUCAUCGAUGAGAUCGCCAAGUUUAUCGGGGUAGAAAAGGAGGUUUCGGAUAUCACCGAGCGUGCCAUGAACGGCGAACUAGACUUCUCCGCGUCCCUGAGGGAGCGCGUCAGUCUGCUCAAGGGCGUCCCCGCUGAUGUAUUCGACAAACUCAAGUCUGUCAUAACCAUCGCUAAGGGUGCCCGUGAGCUCUGCCGCGCUCUUAAGGCUUUGGGAUUCAAGAUGGCUGUGUUGAGCGGUGGCUUCCAACCUCUUGCUGAGUGGCUUGCUGACCAGCUCGGCCUGGACUACGCAGUUGCGAACCAUCUCGAAAUCGACCCCGCAACCCAGACCCUCACCGGCAAGCUGGUCCCCUCGAAGCCCAUCAUCGACGCCUCCCAGAAACGUGCCCUCCUCAAGUCCAUCGCCGCCGAGAACAACAUUCCCAUCUCUCAGACCAUGUCUGUCGGCGACGGAGCCAAUGAUCUUCUGAUGCUCCACGCUGCAGGCCUUGGUGUCGCCUGGCGCGCCAAGUCCAAGGUCCAGCUUGAAGCCCCGACCCGCAUCAACGGCGAGAGCCUCACCGAUAUUCUCUAUCUGCUUGGCCUGGAUAACGAGGAUAUUUGCGAGCUGAGCAAAGAGUCGAAAUGA